AUGACAGAAGAAAUUUUGUUCUAUGGGUUUAGACAGGAUGGGAGGCGGCCAGGAGAGCUCAGACAAAUAAAAAUCAAGCUAGGAGUAGUCGAUAAUUCUUCAGGAUCAGCACUAUUCCAAAUUGGCCACACAUCAGUUUUAGCAUUCAUCCAUGGUCCAAAACAAACGAAGCACGAAAAAGAAAGUGGGCAUAUUCAUUGCUAUUUUAACCAUUUUUCUAACUAAUUUUUCUUUAAAAAAAUAAAAAAAUUCCUAUAUUAUUUCCAAAAAAUUUUCAAGAUCCAUAUUUUAACACACAGCAUAUUUCAGCUCCUCAGGCGAAAGGCGCAAGUUUUCAAAGGGCGAUAAAAAAUCCAAUGAAUUUGAAGCAAACGUAAGAACUAUGUUUGAAAGUGUCGUUUUAAUGGAAAAUAACCCGCAUUCAGACAUUGAUAUACACGUACUUGUAUUAGCAGAUGACGGCAGUGUUGAGUGUGCUGCUAUUAAUGCUAUCACUUUAAGCUUAAUCCACGCUGGAGUGCCAUUAAAAGAUUUUUUGGUAUCCUGCAGCUCUGGAUUUUAUAGUGGGAUGCCUUUAAUUGAUUUGACUUAUAGCGAAAGCACAAGUUUCCAAGUAAUUUCUGAGUAUAGAGUCGCGGUGCUUGGCAAGUCUUUACAGAUUGCAUAUCUGAAUUAUGAUGAUAUAGGAGGACAUAAGCUAACCCCAGAAGUUGUAAGAGAAAUUACAGCCAUGGCCAUAGAAGGCUGCAAACAAGUGCAUUUUAUUAUGAAACAAGAACUACAGAAUGCUUGCAGCAAUUAA